UUUUAAAAAUUGGGCAGUUAAGUUCGCAAUGGGCUCAUACAUUGCAAAAGAUCUUCAUCAACCAAUAAUUUCGACCACACACGGCAAGGUGAAAGGUCAGUUGCGUGAAGGAAUCUACGGUGAUACGUACUAUUGUUUUGAUGGCAUACCAUACGCCAAGCCACCGCUUGGAGAGUUGCGAUUUAAGUCGCCACAGCCGGCAGAACCUUGGCUAGACGUGCGCGAUUGUACUAAGUGUCCACCCAAGUGCAUACAAACAAAUCGUUAUUCGGGUGCAGUUGAAGGAUCUGAAGAUUGCUUGUAUUUGAAUGUUUACGCGAAAAAGCUCAACUCCGAAAAGCCCUUACCCGUCAUUGUAUACCUGAUUGGUGGACGAUUUACAACGGGCGAUGCUUCACGCACAGCUUGGGGUCCUGAUUACCUUAUGAUGACGGAAGUUAUAUUCAUAAGUAUUGGAUUUCGUUUGGGAGCUUUGGGUGAGUACAAAAAAUAUAUAUCAAAAUAAAUAUGUAGUACAGCAAAAGGAACAGAAGAAUUUAAAUGUUUUGGAACCAAU